AUGGGAGACGAUCGUAGGCAAAAGGUACUCACCAGUAUAUGCAGGUAUAUGAGCCGUAGGCGGCAACGGCGUAGUGACACCAACGGUGGUGUUGGGAGGUGCGCUCGCGCAAGCCAAGCAGGCGGGCGCCUGGGGCGCAUCUUCCGCGGCGCGGGCGGUAGAGGGCGGGCCGGGGGGAGGCGCGCAGAGCGCGGCCAGCCGCAGCAGCGCCACACACCACCACCAGAGCACGGCGGCCAGCGCGCGGGCAGAGUGCCCUACGCGGCCCGGGGCCUCCUCGCGACCAAAAUACGCACACCGUGGAGACGCGCAGCUCACUCUCCUCUCGCUACGUCGGCGCGGCACAUAGAGCGAUGGGACGCGACGCGGGAGCGCGCGCGCGGCCACACGGCGACUGCGGCGACGGGCCCGACUGCGUCCGACCGCACCCGAACACUAUUUCGGGAGCGACGCUCCGCACCGCCGCCGCCCGCCCGUCCGCCGUGGGCUGCCAAUUUUACGCGAAAUUGCGGGCGGGCGGUGAGGCGAUAUGUACCUCGCGCGUCUGCGGCCACGGCGUGCCUCCGGUCCUCGUGA